UGGGUGUGUAUUCCAUAUUUGGGUGCACUAAUAGUUCCAGAUAGAAAGGGAUUUGUUUUCACAGGUUCCCUAAAGACCCCGAGGUGUCCAAAGUAUGGAUUAAUGCAUGUAACAGAAGUGAUAGCAUUUAUGUUAAGGAUGCCAGGAUUUGUUCUGUCCAUUUCCGGACAGAAGAUUACGAAAGAAAUCUUCAACAUAAACUGCUACCACAACUUUACCAGAGAAGUUAUCACAGAUUAAAGAAAACCGCAGACCGCAGUUCCCCCUUCAAAUGUACCUGUUAAGGACGUAAAAUCAGAUGAUGAAGCCACCCCUAGCACAAUAUCAGGUCCUACUGAAGGAGUGCCCGAUUUCAACCUGGGAGAGGUACGGGUAUUAAUGCUUCAAGAGGAGGGUGUCCCUACCAACACCAGCUUUGCCAGGCUGCUGACACCUUUCCCAGAGCUCAAGGACUUCACCGUCUGCUAUAGGAUUCGCCUGAAGCGGUUCAGGGAAGAAUCCACCUUGAUGUCCUAUGCGAUUUCUGAUGAGAAAGACAAUGAGCUGAGGAUGGAUCACCGCCUGACUGGCUACAAGGUGUCACUGCAUAGCAUCUGGGCUGAGAGCGCUUUCCAGACACCACUGAGAUAUUGGGUACUCUUCUGUUUCCGAUUUAGUUAUACAACCGGCGACUGGGCCAUCUUUGUGAAUGGGGAGCUGAACUCAAAUGGAACAUUCCCUGUCACAGACAGCUUUCUUAUGGGUAAUGGGGUAUACAUCAUCGGACAAGAACAGGACACCCUUGGAGGCAGCUUUCAGAGGGACCAAAGCUAUAGUGGGGAAAUCACUGAUCUGAAUUUCUGGUCACGUGAUCUGGACCAGGAUCUCAUGAAGAUGAUAGCCAACUGCACAUAUGCUGAGGAAGGCGAUGCUCUACCAUGGUCAGGCCAGUCUUGGAAGAUAGAUGGUGAUGUCCGUUGGGUGACCUACUCUCAGAAGGAUAUUUGCAACAAAAAGACCAGAAGUCUGGUAUUCUUCCCGGAUCGCUUCCCCUUGAAGUCUGCACAACACCUUUGCCACAUUGUGGGAGGGGUCUUGGCUGUGCCACGUAACAAAGAAGAGAACGACUGGCUUUUCGACAUCUCCAAGAGUCGGGCUCAGUACUGCUCUGGGAAUGUUGGAGCAUCUUACCUGUGGCUGGGUGCUAAUGAUAUAAGCGAGGAAGGAAUCUGGAGGAAGUGGGAGUCAAAAUCUGUUCUUUCUUGGCAAAGCUUGUGGAGAGGAGAUAGACCAAAUGGUGGAAGUGAGGAGAACUGCCUUGUUAUGCUUGCUGGAAGUUUUCCGGCACGGUGGUCAGACAUUGCUUGCCUGGAAACUUACGCUUUUUGUGUUCCCUGCGAAUUUGAUAAACUGGCUAUAUUGUAUCUGAAAGGACCUGCUGUUUGCCCAGGAUCUCCAUUCAACUUACAGUAUAUCAUAGGGGAAAAUCGUGGCGGUCGACCCACCUUGCUUGGUUUUUUUCACUCUGAUAUAUUCUGGGAUAACGACUUGAAGGUGUGGAUGUUGCAGUCCAGGAAAGUGAACGAUAUGGCCUGGUGGAAGCCUCCUGAAGAAGGAGUGUACCCUUUUGGAACCCACUCUUGGACUUUGGGUUCUAAGGUUUGUAACAUGAUUGAGGGUGAGAGUGUUAACCUAACUAUAUCUGCCUGUGGCAAGGGGAAAUUCACGUGUGACGAUGGCUCUUGCAUUGACCUACAGCAUCGAUGUGACUUGAGGGUUGAUUGUGAAGACCAGAGUGACGAAGCAAGGUGCUCCUUGGUGGGCAUACCACCAGGCUACAGAACGACUAUUCCUCCUCCUCCAGCUGCUGACACCAACUCAUUGCCAAUUUUAUUAUAUGUCAACAUCAUCUCUUUUACAUCUAUAGAGACUGAGGCCCUCACUUUUAUGACUACAUUGGAGCUUAAGCUGAGAUGGCAAGAUACUAGACUCACUUACUUCAAUCUGAAAGAUGAUAGGUCCCUGAACGUGCUCUCACAGUCCUCCGUGGAAGGCAUUUGGAAGCCGAGGGUUUUUUUCAGUAAUGCACAAGGCAAUGUCUACACCAACUUAGGUGAGGGGUCCAGGAUAGAGUGUGUUCGUGAUGGGGAUUCAAUACCAGGGCCCCCUCAUCUUCCAGAGGAAGUGAACCUCUUCUCUGGAAGUGAAAACAGCUUAGAAAUGAGCCAACUGUAUGGAGUGACAUAUACGUGUGAUUUCAAUCUUCUCAUGUUUCCAUUUGAUGCUCAGGUUUGUGGCCUUCGAUUUACUUUAGUAUCUGCUACAACUUCGUACAUGCAGCUGAUAUCUGGGAAUGCUAGUUACACUGGACCACCCAAUCUUAUUGAGUACUCUAUAGGUGAGGUAAGCACAGAGACAAUUGAUGCGGGGGAGUUUUCAACUGUUGAAGUGCAAAUACGAUUCAGACGACGUUAUGGAUUUUACAUGCUUACUCUUUAUAUUCCUACUACAUUUCUGAUUAUAACUGCCUAUGCCACCUUUUUCUUCAAUCCAUAUGAUUUUAACUCAAGAAUUCAAGUGGCACUUACAUCACUCCUCGUCCUGUCUUCGUUAUACACUCAAACCUCAAACUCAUUGCCUAAAACAUCAUAUUUCAAGCUGGUUGACAUAUGGCUCUUCUUCUCUAUUGUUAUGAUCUUCAUUGUUGUUCUGCUGCAAACACUGAUUGACUUCUCAGAACAGGCUGAAUUUAAUGAAGACUCAUUCAUCUACAAACUCAUGAGAAGCAUAUUUGGGAUGAAGGAAAAAGAAUCCCAAGGUAUCCGCUCGGGUAAAACUCAGUCGGGGGUUAUCCGGGUAAAUGUCCAGGAGCAACAGGACUCUGCACGUGCGACUAAAGUGAAAACCAACUGCUGGGAGGAAAAGACUGAGCCUUCACUUGAUGCUUAUGGACAGUUUCCCUACGGAAGAGUUUUCUCUCCCAAAGUUAAUAUUUCCUUGCUUAUCAAGAGUAGGAUUUUAAUCCCUGCCAUCUUUUUCCUUUUUAAUGCUGUGUAUUGGGGAGCAACCAUAAGAUAUCUACAUACGUUGGAAGAGGACAAGAAAUUUCUGUAGAAUUGUUGGUGUGGUACAGCUGGAAAGUAUUUCAUAAUAGAUAAUCACAAUUGUAUAAUGACAUAAGAUUCAAUUGUGAAGUUGAAUUAAGUUUUGCCAUCAUUCAUUCCAUGUUUACAACACAACUACUACUACAUGCUUCUAUGGCCAGCUAGUUAGCAGUUCCAUGAAUGAAUAUCACUUCCUUGUGAGAAGAAAAGAUUGACAAAUGAAAAAUGUAGAUUACUGUUUUGUAAAAUGACCAAAAGUCAUUGAUGUCUUCAAUUACUGUACGUAUAUGCUCAAAUUUAAACAGUAAUACUGAAUACU